CGGGAAAACCAAGUUGUUGAUAUCUUUGAGAGGUGUAUCGACACCUGGAGAGGUUUGGGCUAUUUUCUCGAGGAGAAAUAAGCAUUUAAUCGACUCAGUUAUUGUGCAAAAACAGCAGCGUGGAACCGUCUCCAAAAUAUACUCAUGAUUGACGCUCUCAUUACUCCUGGACACUUUAAGACAUUGCUCUCAAACCACCUCACAUCAGUGUGAGUACUUCUCUUCUAAUGUUUCAGUUUGUUCUAAUCUUUGUUUGAUUUUGUAAUUCUAUGUUGUUGUACCUCGACAUCAUUGCAAAUGAGGGAAACCUCACUGAUUUUCGAGACUCAAAUAAAUAAUAAUAUUAAGAAUAAUAAAUAGGAAAUAGCAAUCAAGGUAUUGAUAAGUAACUUUUUUCAGUUCACUUCUUUCAGAGACUGGUGGGAAGUUUGAGAUUUAAAUAAGAAACUUUGUAGGUAAAAAUCGACCAGAAACUGCAACUAAUUUCUCAUUAACAGUUAUUUACUUUAUACAGUCUUAACUUCUGUCCCCAAGACGUUUCAGCUUCAUUUGCACCUUGAGACUGGAGCCUCUGACUGAUAUUGGCUUUUGUUACAGCACGAUUCAUAGAGACGGGACAAAAAGUCCCCCUCAUCAUAAUUACAGGUGUCCUCCUGGUGUCUCCAGAUGUCCGCGGAGUCCGAGAGGGCCGCCUCUCCGCCGUCAGGCUCGGCGUCCGUCGAGGUCGUGAGCUCGAUCCGUGAGCGGACCAUCGCGGAGAACAGCAUGGUGAUCCUGCUGCAGGGCCUGAGGGGCGAGGUGACCACGGUGGACCUCCGAAACGAGAGCACGGCCCGGGGGCGCGUCGUCAACGUGGACGCCUUCAUGAACGUCCGCCUGGAGGACGUGCUGUACCGGGACCGGCGCGGUCGGCUCACCGAGCUGCAGGACAUGUUCGUCACGGGCAGGAACAUCCGCUACGUUCACAUCCCCGACCACGUGGACAUCAUGAAGACCAUCCAGGGCCAGCUGGCCAAGAUUCACCGCGUCCGCAACUUCGCCAGUCAAGGCGGAGGCAGGAAGGAGUACAGCCAGAAAACCAAAUGACUUUUUUUCCAUAAGAAAAACAAAACUGAACUAAAAGCUGCUCAGAGUUUAGACAAGAAUACUUGAAGGCAGCAGGUUUAUUUAUUUAUUUUUUUUCCUUUUCUCUCAGACGAGACCAGGCCCAGAGCAGGAAUUUUACAAUGUGAAGAACCACGAAAUGACUCAGAGGAUGAGAAUGUGAAAGUGAUUUCAGUUACACUGAGAUAUAUAAUUAUAUGUAUUUUUCUGCCUUUUUUUGUUGUCAAAUAGAGGAAAAUGUCUUCAAAUUAAACGGUGUGAGAAGAA